AAAAACCAUAUUGCACUACAUGUUUGGGAAACAAGACAAAAUGGACGUUAGAUGCAAUUCUGAGAUCGAAGCCAACCGGGUCUCCAAGAACGGGCACAAUAAAGAGGGCAAGGAAAGCAAAGGAUGCGAAGGAAAUAUUUCGACUUCUUUUUUGAAGGAUCCACAAGGGACUUUCUCGUCUUCUGGCGGCUCGGAAGACUGCAGCAAAAACAAAUCGAGUUCCGCUGACCCGGAUUAUUGCAGAAGAAUACUAGUCCGAGAUGCCAAAGGUUCAAUAAGAGAGAUUAUCCUCCCGAAGGGGCUUGAUCUGGACCGACCCAAAAGGACCCGCACGUCUUUCACGGCGGAGCAACUUUACCGGCUGGAGAUGGAGUUCCAGAGGUGCCAAUACGUGGUUGGACGGGAAAGGACCGAGCUGGCCAGGCAGCUCAACCUCUCAGAAACUCAGGUCAAAGUCUGGUUCCAGAACCGACGCACCAAGCAGAAGAAGGACCAAGGCAAAGACUCGGAGCUGAAAUCCGUGGUGUCGGAGACGGCGGCGACGUGCAGCGUGCUGAGGCUGCUGGAGCAAGGGCGGCUCCUCUCGCCUCCGGGCCUGCCGGGCCUCUUGCCGCCGUGCGCCACCAGCGCCUUGGGCUCAGCCUUGCGCGCGCCCAGCCUCGCCAGCGGCACCGGCGGCUCGGGAUCCGCGACAGCGGGCGGCUCCCCGCACCAGCCGGCCGUCAGCAGCAGCGCCGCCGCCGGCCCGGCGCACCCGUCCCCUCCCGGGGGCCACAACCUCUUCAGCCUGCCCGUGCCCACCCUGCUGGGCUCGGUGGCCAGCCGGCUUUCCAACCCUUUAGCGAUGGCCGGCUCCCUGGCCGGGAACUUGCAAGAACUGUCCGCUAGGUACCUGAGCUCUUCGGCCUUCGAGCCCUACUCCAGGACGGCCAAUAAAGAAGGCGUCGAGAAAAAGGCCCUGGACUGACGCGCGGCGACGCGCGCUGUAUUUAUAUUUAUAGUAUCUAUUUGUGACGGUUAUUUAUGGAAGACCCUCCACACCAUAGGGGCCCCUUCCCCACCUUCCUCUUCCCAUCGCACCCCACAGACUCUUCUACCGUCCUCCUCUUCUUCCUCUCUCUGCCGUCUUCCCCAGCCACCAAUCCCAGACACAACUUUGCCUCCUGGGGGACCCCCGACUUUUACCUUGCCAGCCCAUCAGUUCCCAACCGGAGGGCCUCACAGAUUUGACUGGAGGCCUCCAAUCGGUGGAACAAAUCGAUCGGCAGCAACGAGGGUGGAACCCUCCCCGAGCCAGACAUUUGUCGCAUUGGUGGCCCACGUUAAUGUUAGAAAUGGGGUUGGGGGGUUAGGGGGGCACUAUGGCAAAGAGGGGCGAAUAGUGGAAGGAGACACUGUUGACUUCAGUCUGGCUGCCCCUAUGAUAAGCACCAACUUUUUACAUUUUAAAGGGAGUGUAUAGGAAAAAGAGGUGAUUUUUUUUUAAGGCGGAAGGCUUGAUAGGAGCUUAAAAGUGCGUGUGUCCUGCACAUGCAGAGAAGCUCAUAAAUCCAACUGGGAGGCCAUGUUUUUGGCUGCUCCACAUUGUGUUGGUUCUUCAGACACACCUCUUAUUUCAAAGGCGUCUCCCUUUCGCGAGUCCGAGACGAAAACAAGUCCAGGGGUUGCUCUCAUGCGUCGUCCUGAAGGUGCAUGUCUCCUCCGCCUCCUCCUCUUCCAGUUCCCUAUUCUAAACAGAAAAAAUAUUGAAAAUUUAAGCUCACCGGAACAAGGGGGUUGAGGUGAGCAAUGCGAUCCUAAGCAUGCUUACUUAAGAAGUCCCUCUUCAUUGGGACUCCCGGUAAGUGCGUAAAGGAUUGCACUUUAAUUUUAAAUUGUACAUGUCUGUGUUGGGGAAUUACCCUUAUUUCAGGUACCACAGCGAUGAAGUGACAUACUCUUGGAAUAUUACCCCAGCGAUGUUUAUGACAGAUAAAUUUAAGAGAGCACAAAAACUGUGCAAUCUGGUGGAUUUCAAAGCGGAUACGUUGCCAAGGCUUGUGGUCUUCCAAACAAUUGUGUCUGGCUCCUAGCCUUUAAUUCGUCAUGAAGCCCAGAGGCAGGAUAAUAUAAAACACUUUGAUUUGGUUAAAUCCUGAAUGUUUGUACUAUAAUAUAUACGCAUUAACUAUGAUUGGCUACAGAAAACUGAGGGGGUGUUUUUUAAGGGGGGGCGAUCUUGUGAAAAUCCUCACAAUACCCUUUCCUCCAGAAUCUAACUCCAAUCUCUAAAAUAAAAUAAAGAAAAUUAUGAAUUGCAGGUAAAAGAGAGAGAGAGUCUUAGAUGCGAUGGCGUCUAAGACCAACGAUAUUAUUUGCCUGUUCCCCAUAUAAACUGGACCUAAACUGGAAGUCUCGAGUUUUCACCACCUUCCAAUUUAUUUUCUUACAAAAUGCUUACCUUUAAAUUCCAAUCAACGCGUCUUCUCCGGUUUGGUUUUGUACUGGAAAGAAACCAAAACUAUUCUGCAACAAUCGUUAUUUUACUGUUAUUUGCUCCCCCCCCCUCAUCCUUCACACAAUGUAUGUAUUCCUGGGUUAUUAUUAUUAUUAUUUUACAUUAAAUCCCAGGACUUGAAAUUUGUCAGGAAAAACAAAACAAAACUACAUAGCUAGUUGGUUUUUUUUAAUUUUUAAACAAUCAUUUGAUACGUUGCGUUUACAGACUGUAUAAAAUAUGUGCCACCAAACUUUUUAACCAAAAACUUUUAAAAAAGGAAAGCGGGGGGCAAAAAAAGUGGAAUGGUUGAUGUAGUGCAUAGAAUUAAUUCUAGAACAGAAAGAGUAAGGAGAGAGCGGGAGAGAACGCGCGCGGGGGCAAAACGGAAAACCCUCCUAUUAAUAUUAUUGUAAAUUAUUUACGUCUGAAGUUUCUAGGCAACUAGUGAUGAAAAUAAUGAAUGAAUCCGCGGGUGAAGAUGAGCUCCCCCUGCUACUAAUAGCCCUUGUUCUGAAUGUUUUGGGUAUUUGGCUGUUUUGUAUUUAUGUGGUGAGAGUGAAAUAUAUUAUAUCUAUGCUAUGACAGA